CUUCCUCUUCUGUCGCUUUUUCGUCGCUGGGCUGCGCAGAAGGGAAGGCCGCUUGCCUCUGAUCUUUUCACCCCACACAUAACAAAACCAAUCGCGUCGUAGCCUUGAUUCGCCCGCUCAAAGGGGAGAGAGCCGAAUCCAGGACAACAGAAGGCCAACUUGUGCUCUCAUUGGCUUUUUUUCGCGUCAAUCCCACCCCCUGACUGUGACGUGCGUUUGCCUUAAGAGGGCGGAGCAUUGCUAUCUGGUUGGCUGGUUGCUAUGUCACUCUUAAAGCUACCGCAACGGCGGCGCUUGUGGGACAGUUGAAGGCGGAGGUGGGAGCAGCUGCUUCUGGGGUGCGUCUGUCCUUAAAGGGACAGGCACCCAUUGUGGCGGCCUUCUGACGGCAUGGCGGUGGCUGGGGAUCUGCAACCUCCGGGUGCUCUUCGUAGAAGUCACAGAUCGGGAUCGUUCACAGAUGGACUUUCAGCGGCCUCGUUUGCAGAGUACCCUCGGCACAAGCCUUUCCUGAACAGUGACGUGCGGCGGUCCCCUACCAAGCCAGUGAUCGCAUAUCCGGAGAGUAACAGCAGAGCGAUAUUCUCUGCUCUGAAGAACCUCCAGGAGAAGAUACGGCGGCUGGAGCUGGAACGGAUUCAAGCUGAGGAGAACGUGAAAAGCCUGACGAAGGAAACCUCGGAUUACAAGAAGGUGCUGAACGAACAGCUGCUGGAGAGGGAGCAUUCAAAGCUGGAGGUGGCCAAGAAAAAUGAAGAGUUGGCUGCUCAGCUGACCGGUGCUGAAACUCGCUGCAGACUGCUAGAGAAACAGCUAGAAUACAUGAGGCGAAUGAUAGAACACGCGGAACUCGAGAAGACGAGCGUCUUGAGAAAACAGGCCACGUUGGAAAACGAGCACGUCCUCGAUCAUUCAAACGUGAAAUCGAAGCUGGAGAGGCUGGAUAUGCUGGAGAAGGAAUACGCCAGGCUGACGGCGAUGCAGUCUCUUGCGGAGAAAAAGAUGGAAGAACUGGAGGAGAAGCUCCGAGAGGAAGAACACUCGAGGAAGCUGAUGCAGGAGAAAGCAGCUGAGUUGCAGACCGGAUUAGAGAACAACAGAAGGUUGCUGCAAGCGAAGACGCAGCAGGUGCCAACGUUGCUGCCCUCGAAACCAAAGAUGAAGAAGAAGAAAGCAAAGCAACUGGACAAGAGCACUUCUGCAGUGACCCACUUCCACUCCCAGCCCCACUACAGGCUGCGAUUGGGCGACGUGCCGUUUGUAGCUGGAAAGUCCACCAGCCCCAGCCACUCCGUCGUGGCCAACGUCCAGCACGUCCUGCACCUCAUGAAGCAUCACUCGAAAGUCCUUUGCAACGACCGUGUGGUGAGCGAUGUUCCCUUGAGCAAGCACGCAAACAGAGGCCGGAGGUCCUCUGAGUCGUCCGCCUCUUCUGCCUCCCAGGGGGACCUUUCAGAGGUGCUGCUGACCUUACAGGAUGAACUCGGGCAGAUGAGCUUUGAACACCAGCGGCUAGCAAAACACAUCCAGGAGGCUCCGUCGAAUGAGCUGCGGGAAGACCUGGAGCGGGAACGGGAAGGGCUGGUGAAAAGGAUGGAGGCCAAGGCAGAACAAAUCUCUAAAAUCCAGCGGCAUCGGGCACGGCUGGAGAAACACAGGCGAGAAAGCAAACCCAAGCGCUGUCACUCUCAGCCAAGCAACGGCAGUGAAGAGAAAACGGCCCUGGUGAAGGCAAAAAGCGUCAGCUUGAAAGCGAAACCCGGGGAGAAGGGGAAGAAGAGCCUUCAGCUGCUGAGGGAAAUGCAGAGUAUACAGACCUCCCUUCAGAAAAAUGACAUCAAGUGGGACCACUGAGGCGUUUCCUUGUGUGAUUUCCUCCCCCCUCCCUUUUUGUUUUGUUUUGCACUUUUCUCUUUUCCUCUCUCUUUUUUUUUGGCUCCAGCCCAGCCGGCUUUCCUGAAACAAAAACAGCGUCAAAGCCUCACUUCGUAAAACGAAAAGCCCCGCAGUUUUCCGCCUGGAGGCCCAAUCGCAUUACAGCUCCUAAUCCUACUGGGACCAGGGGAGAGGGAAAUGAGAAGAGCCUUCUGUUCCUUCAGUACCUUUCCAGCCCUUUUACUUUUCCGUCAGUUAUCCAUAUUUCCCCCCCUUUUUGGGUUUUGUCCCCCACCCCACCCCUCAAAUGAGGCCUACUUCCUCUGCCUCAGGCAGCUAAUUUAAUUGCUCGCUUGGGGCAGCUCUCCUCUGAGGUGGUUGUUUGCCCCCACAAGAGAACCAAAGACAGUACAACAGAGAUCCUGUUACCUGCGUGAAUGGUUGGUUGGUUGCACAUAUUGCCCUUGUCAGCUCUGGCACACAGUUUGUGAGGUGUACCUCCAAAUCAUGCACAGUGUUUUUGAAGGUUUUGGCCUCACCGUGUUUUUGAUCAGGAAGUAUGUGUACUGCGCAGGUAAGAAAGGUUUCAUGGUAGUUUUUCUGCUCUUUUUAUAGUCUGUCUCCUACCUCAACUGUCACGUUGCUUUCCCUUUUAAAAACAUGAGAGGACAUUUUGCACGUUUUCCCUGCUUCAUUUGUCCACAUCUCAGCAGCCUGGAAGGAAGUUUCAAUCUCGAAGCUCACCAGUUUCACAGUGAGGCACUCAGGCUAGCCAUCUCUUUUGACUAUCGGCUGCAUCUCAUGGACUCGUUACCUCUGCUUAUGGAUGCUUUAUGUUUUGUUUUUUGCACAGAGCAAGGAAAUCUUCAGCUUUUUGUCCCCGCUAAUGUGAUUUCAGAAUGGAAUUUGAAUAGCCAUUUGGAAGUUCUCAGCUUCGAGUUUUCUUCCUCAUUUUAAUCUCUCUGCAGAAGGAGGCAGGCGUCCUGCGUUUUUAAAGACACUUCAGAUCAUGCUGUUUUUUUUGUACCGGCAGCUUGUUUUUAGCAAACUCCCAUGCGCUGGGCAAGGAGCUCUGGUGUUUGUAAUGGUACUAAAAAGAUUUUAUACGUGCGCACACAUGGAUAUUAUUUAUUACAUUAAUAAUGUAAAGCGUUUCCAAUGAUUGGAAUGUCCCAGUGACUCAGAAUUGCCUGUGUUCUCUCCGAGGUUUGAUUGGAAUCCAAUAAAGGCAACUUGCUAAUUGA